UCCCAGAGCCUAGUCACGUUAUGUCUACCAGUGUGAUGGCGAUCACCAUUCUCAGUAUGUGGGCCGCACACUACGCUCCAGAGGUCUCGUCUGUCACCAAGUCUGCCCCAGAGGUCACGUCUGUUCACAAGCCUGCUCCAAAGGUCACGUCUGAUCCCAGGCCUGCUCCAGAGCUCACGUCUGUUCACAAGUCAGCCCCUGAGGUCACGUCUGAUCCCAAGCCUACUCCAGAGCUCACGCCUGUUCACAAGUAUGUCUCUGAGGUCAUGUUUGAUCACAAAUCUGCUCCAGAGGUCCCGUCUGGUCCCAAGUCUGCUCCAGAGGUCCCGUCUAGUCUCAAGUCUGCUCCAGAGGCCAUCCCUGUCAGAGAAGCUGCGCCAAUGCCUCCAGAGGUGUCAGCGCUAGCUGUAGAACCUCUUAUGGAGGGGGCGUUAUCCUUUAAACUCUCUGCUUCUCUCUUUAUUCUCUCUGCCUCCUCUAUCCCUGCUCUACCCAGGGCCCAGUCCUUGACGCGGGUGCCCGCUCUGCCCUGGAGGGCUUCUGCGCCUCCUGUUCCGCCCUGGAGGGCUUCUGCGUCUCCUGUUCCGCCCUGGAGGGCCCCGGCGCCUCCUGUUCCGCCCUGGAGGGCCCCGGCGCCUCCUGCUCUGCCUCCUGCUCCGCCCUGGAGGGCUCCUGCUCCGCCUCCGGUUCCGCCCUGGAGGGCCCCUGUGCCUCCUGUUCCACCCUGGAGGGCCCCUGCACCUCCUGUUCUGCCCUGGAGGGCCCCUGCGCCUCUUGCUCCGCCCUGGAGGGCUCCUGCACCUCCUGCUCCGCCCUGGAGGGCUCCUGUGCCUCCUGCUCCACCCUGGAGGGCUCCGGCGCCUCCUGCUCUGCCUCCUGCCCCACCCUGGAGGACUCCUGCACCUCCUGCUCCGCCUCCGGCUCCGCCCUGGAAGGCUUCUGCCUUGCCGGUUCUACCUCAGUCUCCUGGCCCUCCCACUGCUCCCCAGGACUGUUUUUCUGUUGGAGCGUCUGGAAGCCGCUCCUUGGGGGGGGGGUGUGUGUUACGAAUCUGGUCGGUGACCUGCGGUCCGCUCACCACCAGAUGUCGCUCUCACCCUGUCACAACACGCAGACUGUUGCACUACACCCCGGACUACAUUCCCCGUCAUUCAGCGCGCUGAUUGGGUCAGCACCUGUGACCAAUCAGCGGCGCUAUAAAAGCCCCGGUCUUUUCCCAUGCAAACCACGGUGCAUUGUUGUUGUGUUAAUCAUUGUUAGCGUUUUCUAGUUCCCUUGUUCCUA